CUAAAAUUAUACGGAUCGGGAAGAUGUAAGGAUAGGGUGCGACCUUGGCAACGGCGAUCACGCGGUCCUACAACUCGUACGGUGCUUCGCCAGCGACUUUUCUUAACUAACGAUUAUGCUGACCUACAUACCUAGAGAUACAGUGCCCUACAAACCCACCUGCAGAGCUCGAUCAAUCACCAGCCGGCCUACCAGUGCUACACGACAGCAUCUCUUCCACUGGAGGAUACAGGCAGAAAGUCCCGGCGUCAGACGGAAGAGUCAGCGUGAUCGCUACUCACCGCGCUACAGUCAGUCGCCCGAGCGACGAGCAUUCCAGCCAGUAGGUGCCGCCACGCAGCUGCCGCCGCCGCUGCAAACAUCCCAUCUACCUCAGAACGCGCAGGAACAGUCGCCCGUCUUUCACGGCGAGCAGGGGGCAGCGUCGGUACCGAUGUCGUUGGCGUCACACUUGCCGCCAGGCAUGGCAGCGCCGCACGGUUUUCAUCCGCUGUAUGCCAGCACUCCACAUAUACACUUCCCAGCCUGUGGCGGCCAGACACACCCCAGCUGCAGCCUACAGUACCCCGUGUGCAGUAUUCUACCACAGCCGUCGUGUAACAUCCAGCCGACGCAGGGCUACUCUGCCGUGGUGCACGGCAUGGGUCCCGUGAUGGCAACGCCGACCCACCACCACCCCAGCCUGCACCAUCCGCACGUUCACCAACACUCGACAUACACGAUGCCGAUCCACGGUCCGCAGCAUUUCAUGCCUCAGCAUCCUCAACAGCACCAUCACCAGCCUCAUCACACCCCAGACGACGAGAUACAGAUCAUAGCCGAGCACCGGCCGACCCACCCCACAUAUCACCACAUUCCAUAUCCGAUGGGUCACGGUGCACCUCUCAACCACUCCGCACCCAUCCAUCUGCUACAGGCGGAGCCACCAGUCAGACAUCACCACACCCAAUCUGAUGCACUCUAUCAACUGGGAACAUACUCCCGACUUCGGAGAGCCAGCCAGCAACGGAGAGUGUCGGCACGCCGCUGGAGAGGCAUGCCACCGGCGCCCCCUGUACCGGCAACACAUCCGGGCUUUUUGCUUCACUUCCUAGCGAUGUUAUCCAAUCCUUCAACAGUAGCACCACCGUAUGCCAUGGACGUCAGUGAUGAAAAUGGAGAGGUGGAAAACUAUGAGGCGCUUCUGAACCUGGCGGAAAGAUUAGGAGAGGCUAAGCCGAGAGGGCUCACAAAAGUUGACAUUGAGCAGUUGCCAUCGUACCGCUUUAACGCGUCGUCGCACCAGUCGGACCAGACAUCAUGCGUCGUCUGCAUGUGUGACUUUGAGCAGCGGCAACUGCUGCGUGUCCUCCCCUGCCAUCAUGAGUUCCACGCAAAAUGUGUUGACAAGUGGCUCAAGACAAAUCGAACUUGUCCAAUAUGCCGUGCCGACGCUGGUUUGUAUCUCAUCCCUUCUUACAAGGAAAUCUGAAAACCAAGAUGGCCGCUACGCCGUACUCGUUUGACGACAGUGUUCGCCGUCUGCAGCUAUUCGACAGUGCUGUGGAUGGGGUGGUGGACAGGAUGGGUGUGCUCAAUGUACAUGUAUGAACGCACUUGCGCUUCAGGCCUUGCUGUGUACCAACGUUGGUCCGUGCCAGCGCGUGAGGUGCCUGCGUAGCUUAAACUGUAUCCACUGUCUCUAUGUGAUCACAUAUUUUCUUAGGACUUGGAAAAAAAUCAUUGCUAUUAUCCUACCAGUUUCCAGUGUUUAUGUAGUAAAUACCAAAGAUUUAUACUGCCUCGUUGACUGGCAACCCAGAGCUAUGUGCCGCAUUCUCCUGUCGUUGCUCAUACGGAGAAAAGCCAAAUUGUCCGUUGAGGAAUUCCUGACGGGGAAUGUAUCGGCUUGAUCGCAGUCGUGUCAAGCAAUCGUAACUAUAUCGCUACAGAGGUUCUGACAUAUCAAAAUCAGAAUGUUAGAUUGCAGCCUAGCGUUUAUGACGUCAAGGAAGUUCGGGCGGUGGGGGCGCUCUUUGUUGUCAUUAUGGAAUCAUAAUUGUAUAUACCCUUUCACGUGUGCCAUGGCUUAAUGGCACCGCGAGCUACUAGACGUGUGACGGGAAAAAAUACCUCGAGCGAUGAAAGCCGACGGUUGAAUCGCAGUGUUAGGGAAUAGCUAAAUGUCAACAUUAUCCGUUUCGAGCGAAUCAGCCGAGAUAUUGCCGAAGUGGCCGGCAUCUCGGUUGUUUUGUCUUGGAGAGGGAGGUAUAACACGUGUUAUGAUUAUAAAAAAGAAGCUCGUAUGUUCAUACAAGAUUUCAAAAGGUUUGGUAAAGGAAACACGACAACUACAAUUCCUCAGAAACUAGAUGGGUAUCUAUUCUGAGCGAGGGUAUGAGACGAACUCCGUAAAAUGUAGAAGUAAAUAUAGUAUUUCGGUACUGUAAUUAUUUGGCAUAACUCUAAUUAAGUAAUAUAUGUACGCUACAUCCUUGUUUCGUAGGCAGCGUUAUGGGUACGUAUUCGGCACUACGUAAAGGUAUGUUUAACGUCGACCAGAUGCCUAAUACUGGAUGCUUUACAACUGCGGUUGUCGUUUGCUUGCGCAGGCGAUUUUCCGCAAUUCGGAGAACGUUUAUUGAGCACUUGUAAUAUAAAAUGCACAGUUGUGUUACAUAGGGCAGACUGUACGUGGUGUACCUUUCUAUACAGCUUUGAUUUUAAGACAACGCUCCACCGUGAAUAACUUUUGUCGCGUAAUGUUCUUCCGUACGGUAAAACAAUACUAGGUUGGUGCAAAAUGCAAAUAACAAAGCGCGUGUGGAGAGUAAGGUGUGAUUAACAAAUAGUGUUGAAGGUGCGAACGUGUUUCACACUGGCGAUCAGGGGGUAAGCGUGAUGCGCCAUGACAUGGGAUCUCCCCCCCCCCUUGCAUCCUGCUCCGCCGUCACCUUCGCACAGUUUGCUAAUCGUGUCUUGCACAUUAAU